CUUGUGUCUCCAGAGCUCAUUUUGUUCUUCCAGAGUCGAGUGAGCCGUCGGCCCUCGUGCCCAGCAAAGCCAGAACGGAAGUUCGUUUGCUGCCUAAAUUCUUAGCGGUAACUUACGCAUGCAGCGCGCGCCCUCUUUAGCUGCAUACCCUACAUACAUACCGUCGUCCGUUGGGGAGAAGCGCAAACCGCCAGCAUGGGGUACGGUACUAGGCGUGGUGCAUUUAGGGCCCCCAACCUCUAUAGUUGCAUUGCCAGCAAUUUGGGUAAUGUCCUGCCAAAAAGUCAACGUAGGACUCAAGUUCGUCAUCAGCCGCGCCUUGAUGCUCAGGGUUUUCUUGGAACUCUCUCUCUUAGGUUUCCAAGCUUUGGUCCCUGCGUCCGCACCAAUUGAAUUGGCAUCAAAGUGCCUUUGUUUUAAUCGCAGGUGAGUUGGCGGGAUCGCGAGGGCGAUGAUGCCUCACCGCGGGCUCAUCCACAUGAUUCUUCUUCUUCUUCUUCUUCUU